AUGCUCAUUUGGGAUGUUCCCUACAACAUGUUUUCGAGCAAAGUCUACAUCGGUUUCGAUGCAGAUCGGACCGAAAACGGAGCAGGAUUCAAACUCGACUGGGUAUCUGAAAUCGACACUUAUAAUUUGAGAGAUGUGGUUGAGUUGCUCAAUUAUUUACGAGUCAAGUUGGUCUACUACGUACAGCUGCAUACCUUCACCGGAAACGGAGCGAUUCGCCUGACCCGCCGAGUCAAUGGAUAUUACAAUUCACUGAUCGAAUCCAUCAAGGAAGACAAACCAUGCGCCAGUCCAUCAUCAAGACCCGUUCCAGAACGAAUCAUUCCGGAAAUCGAAGCAAUCAACACCAGGACCACUGCUCGGCAGCAUUUCGACUUCUCCCUCGACAUCGUCUUUAUCUACCUACGACGAUGUCCAGGGUCGCGUUCUUGGUCGAGAAUUGCGGAUAAUAUUCUUCUCGUCUUUGCAAGUUUCAAUGUCGAAUGA